AUGUCUAAAUCAACUUUUCAAGAGUACUAUAAAUUUAUUCUUCUUUCUGAUAAAUAUCGAAUUAAAUCAUUACGUUUAUCGAAUCCAUUCGCAUUUGAUUCUAUUUUAUCAUCAACAAAUAUUCAAUUAAAAUUUAUUCAACUUGAAACACUUAUUCUCAAUAAUAUCGAUUCAAAAUCUCUCGAAAAUCUUCUCAAUCAUUUAACUUUUUUGUCUAGUCUUGCAUCAUUAUCGAUUAUUUGUAUGGAUAAAGUUGACCAUCUGAAUGAUUUCUAUCUUCAAAUCUUUCGUUUACC